AUGAUAGAGAGCGGAGUCGCGCCUCACGUGUCGGGCGUCUCGGGACAAAGUGUCCGUCCGUCGGCACCGCUCAGGUUGCUCACCUUGGACCCGUCCCAACUGCGAGAUGAUGUCCCAGGGGACUUGCAGUCCCUCUCCUGGCUCACUUCUGUAGAAAUGCACCGGCUGCAGUGCGUCGCUGCAGGAACGGGGGAGCUGGUUGUGGCCCCACCAGGUGGUCUGCUGGCUCCAGUCCAGAUGAUGAGCAUGAAUGGAAAUGAAGGGCACAACAACAUGGACCAGGUUUAUAAAAACAUGCAAAGUGGCCUUCUGGGAAUGAGCAUCGUCAGCGGUCACCAUGGCAAUAUGACAGCUUCGCAAACUGGGCAGCAGUACCCUGUUAUCUUCCAGGAGUCCUUACAGCAGGUGUUUGCCCUGGCACCCUUUGGGCAACAGUGUCCUCCCGCUCGUCUCCAUGGCAACGAUGGCCUCCCUGACCACAGCGUGUUCGCCCAGCCGUGUCUUUCUCCUGAGAGCAGCCGAGACCCGCAGCCCACAUCCUUCCCCAAACCCAUUUACUCCUACAGCUGCCUGAUUGCGAUGGCUCUCAAAAACAGCAAGACGGGCAGUCUCCCAGUAAGCGAGAUCUAUAACUUCAUGAAGGAGCACUUUCCGUACUUCAAGACGGCUCCGGACGGGUGGAAGAACUCGGUUCGUCAUAACCUCUCCCUCAACAAGUGCUUCGAGAAGCUGGAAAACAAGCUGAGCGGCUCCUCCCGCAAAGGCUGCCUGUGGGCCCUGAACCCUGCCCGCAUUGACAAGAUGGAGGAGGAGAUGCAGAAGUGGAAACGCAAGGAUCUGUUGGCCAUCCGCCGCAGCAUGGCGAACCCCGAUGAAUUGGACAAACUGAUCAUGGAUCGCCCAGAGAGCUGUCAGCGGAAGCCACGUGACCCCAGUGUGAACCAACUCCCUCCUCAACCCAUUCCCAGUGCAGUCUUACCGACCCAGUUCCUGCCUCAGUCAUACCCGGUCCACUCCCUGCACCACCAGCAGCUCCUGGAUCAAGCUCAGGUCCAAGUCCAGUUGGUACCUGGGUUCAGCUCACCCUCUCCUGCAUCGGUGUCUCCAGUCCACACUGUCCCCGACCUGGAUAAGCAGCAGGCUGGACCAGCUGACCUCUGCGACCCGCAGGGUGAUGUGAGCCCUGAAGUGGACACCCUGGACCCCAGUAUCAUGGAUUUUGCGUUACACGGGGACCUGUGGGAGGAGAUGAAGGAUGAGAGCUUCAACUUGGACGCAUUGGGGUCGGUCAGCAACUCCCCCCUACGUCUGUCUGACUGCGAUUUGCCCCAAGCCGGGCCCUUGCCCACGUCUGAUGCCGCCACCGCGCCCGAUCCUGCCAUCGUGUCCUUCUCCGACCUUCAGCUCACAGGCCUGUAUGCCAACCUUGUUCCCCUAGACGCGGCGUUCAGCCCCUCUCAGUACACCAUCAUGCAGGGAGGUAGCGAGCCCAUCAGCCUGCUGUGACGAGACUUGGUGCACCGGACAGGAAGCAUCGAGCACUUUGCCCACAGGAACAUUCCCUCAGUCACACCCAUCGCUUUGGGAGGCUGCUCUUUGGUUCCGGAGGCUAUCGGAGCUUCCUCAUCUUCAUGCCGUGAUAUCAGAGGCACCAUUGACGGAGAUGGUCAAGCUGUUCGAAAUGGACAUUCUGGUCCACUUUCGCUCCGUAGGAGCCAGAAACUUGGCAGCAGGACUAGAACUUUUUGUCCGGCUGGCUGAAGAGGAGCAGAGGCUGAAAAGCUUGGAAGAACAGUGAGGAGAAAGGAAUUGUCAGAGAACCGGCAGCCUUAGGCAACCUCCUUUUGAGGGGCCCGGUGCCGAUCUCCUCUCCGAGCUCAGGAGAGCAGAAUUAACCGGAACACAUAUUUAUGACCCUGCAGGACUGCUUUGUUUAUUCCAGUGCGUUUGUUGAAAAAAGGUACGCGAGUUCUAUUAAUGUGGAACACCUUGUUGAAUCUUAGUGCCCUGUGCAGGGCUUUAGCCUUACAAGGGUAGUUGUGUGUCCCGUGUUUGUUGUUCUUGUGCUAGGCAUACUGUAUUUACCAUGUUUGUGUUUUUUGUGGUCAUUUAUAUUUAUUGCCGGCAAAAGUAUAUUACAAGUUGGUCACGAGCUGAGACACCUGUAAAAGUUAUUGCGGUGUUAUAAGACUAAAAUGUAAAACACUGAAGCCCAUUGAAAGAAAGUUCUGGAGAAUCCCUAGUUCAUCUGAUCCCUCUGUGGCUGUAGCUUUAGAAGAAAACAGGCAUUGUGUUUCCCGGGCUGCUAAUUUACCUGGAACGUGGCACGGGCCCACUUUGUGUUUAUCUUAUGGUCGAAAGCCAAUUUUUGAGUCCUCCAUCCCACAUUUUAUUAGAGCAGAAUGGUGCGUAAUGGUGCUCGAAAUAGUUAAAAGUCAGCAUCAUUGCUGAUAUCAUGCUAACACAAACUGUUUUUACAAAAUUGUUUACAUAAUUGUCUAAACGUAUUCAAACAUGUUUUAAAUCAACUGUUAAUGAAGUCUGUCAAAAU